GGCGCAUCCCUCCUACAGGAUCCCUAGACAGAAACAGAUCGCAGCGCCAUUGUCGAUAAAUUCCACGUAUAUAGAGGUCUGUUUUAUCCUUUAAGUUGAUGUCAGCACCAUCGCUCAAUAAACAUUUUAUUUCUUGUAGUUGCAGCGAGAGAAGCAGAUAGUAUUUAUUUGAUAAAAUUAUAAAAGUAUAAUAAUUAAAGAAACUAUGGCGAAUCCAAAUUUGACUGAUAUGACGGAAGAAGAUGCAGCGGAUUUGCAAUUUCCCAAAGACUUCUCGUCUAAUAGAAAAGAAAGUCAUGGACACAACUUAGAACUCGUAGAAGUAUCGCUCGUGAAGGAUGAAAUCCUUACUUCAGAUCCAACGUGUUACGCGUGCAAAAGUAAUCUAAAAGAGCCGUAUGUGAGAUGUGCUGUAUGUACCAACGUGGAAUUGUGUCCGUCUUGUUUUUCUAAGGGCUGUGAAAUAGGUGAUCAUAAAAAUGAUCACGAUUAUGUUAUCACUAAGAAUGAAUUUGAAUUGAUAAAUGGUAGCGGUUGGACUGCUAAACAAGAAUUGGAAUUGCUCAGUGUAAUACAAGAAUGUGGAUUUGGUAAUUGGAUUGAUGUAUCUAAAAGAAUAGAAGGCAAAACUAUGGAAGAAUGUAAGGCUCAUUAUUUAGAACAUUUUAUAGAUAAUCAAAGUUUACCUGGAUUACCGAAAAUCAAAGAAACCAAAGCAAGUUUAUUUGCAUCCGAGCCAAUUCCAUAUUUAUUUAAAUUACACGAUUUGGAAGAACCCCCAAGAUUUGCUUCGGAUUCCCUUAAUUGUAGAAUGUUAGCUGGAUAUAAUCCUGCGAGAUCAGACUUUGAAGUAAAUUUUGAUAAUCACGCGGAACAUAUUGUUUCUCAGUUAAAUUAUAACGAAUUUGAUACGGACGAUGAGAAAAUUAACAAGCUAGGACAAUCUUUACAAGUAGCCAUAGUUCAAGCCUAUAACAAUAGAUUGAGGGAACGUAAAAGACGAUGGAAAAUUAUUCGAAAUCACGGAUUGAUUUCAAUCAGAAGAACGAUUUCUUGGUUGCAGAGAUACGAAUUUACGAUAACGCGUGCAAUCGCUGAAAGAUUGUUGAUUUUUAUGCAGCUCACCGGGGGAAUGGAUUUCGAUUAUUUUAUGGAAGGUCUUCAUCGCAGUGGCGAACUUAAAAACCACAUUCACAAUCUUAUCGAUCUUAGGAGCAAUGGAAUUAAAUAUUUUUAUAGUGUGCCGACUUAUAAGAAAUUAUUGAAACUGCGUCAGGAAAAUGAGAGAGAGAGAAAACAUUAUUUAAAUAAUCCGGAAUAUAGUUGGAAGAAAAUAUUACCGGAAAAUGGUAUUAUGAAUUUUAAUUUUCCAAUAGCACAUAAUACCUCUCAGAGAAGAUCGGCACCACCUCUCGUAAUUAAUGGCCUACCUGGUUACGAAAAACUUACGAGUGAAGAAAGAUCAUUGUGUUCGGUUACCAGAAUUGUACCUAUGAGCUAUUUGGAUUACAAACAUAUUUUAAUUACGGAAAAUAAGAAAUAUGGUUCCCUGCGUUUGGCUCAGGCUCGCGUUCUACUUAAAAUCGAUGUUAAUAAAACACGAAAGAUUUAUGAUUUUUUGGCAGACGAAGGAUACAUUAAUAAACCUAUUUAACAAUAAUAUAUUCAAUUAAAUUGCAAUUCGAGAACGCGGAAACGCUGUUAAUAUCGGAAGUGUACAUGCUACUGGAACAUAGAAAAGCACAAAACGAAUCAGCAGAAGAA